AUGUCUGCAGGCGAGGCUGAGUGGCUUGUCACAGUCUGUCGGGGUGAUCACCUCAAGCCCAAGCUGCGAGAAAUUGUUCAACAGAGUGCUGCAGUUCUGAAACAUAGUCUGGGAGUUCUUGGAAAACACAGUGAUCUGGAGCUCAAUGUGAUAAACCAAGAUCUCAGUGCGAACUCUGAAGUGUUGGAUGUUUCUAGCAAACGGAGGAAGGUACAAGAUGGUGCAGAUAAUUGGAGCAAGAAGGGUGAUGGUCUGCCUUACACCUAUGAUAAUGGGCGUGGAGAAAAUGCAAACGUGAAGGUGAGGUUGGACAGGGCUGUGGCCUGUCCGGAGUGGCGGGAUUUGUUUGGUGAUGCUGUGCUUCACCACCUAGUGUCAUCACGUUCAGAUCACUGUCCACUUUUUCUGGAAAUUAGAAAGGAGAGCUGGGAACGACAUAAACCAAGGAUUUUUCGUUACGAAAUAAUGUGGGAGCGGCUUGAGUCCUUACCUUUGGAGAUCAAGAAUGCGUGGUGUACUGAUGCCAAUAGAGAGGGGUUGGGUGGCGUGGUUGCUGCCCUGAAACGUGUGCAAUGUGCUCUACGGUCUUGGAGUAAGCAGCAUUUUGGCAUGGUCACCAAGGAACUUGAGGAAUUGAGAGCAAGCCUAGAAGAAGCGAGAACGGACCCGUUAUGUAGCAAUCGUGAGAUUGGUAGCAGCUCAAGUUCAGAACAGGGUCGGGCGGUAUGGAAGAAGGUAUGGAGUGUUAAAGUCCCUUAUAAGGUUAAUGUUUUUAUCUGGAAAAUUGUCAACAAUGGUUUGCCUACUCGUGUCAAUAAGAAGCACCGUCAUCUUGAGCAGCAGGAUAUUUGUCAGCUGUGUGGUUCUCAAGGUGAAGAUGCCUACCAUGCGGUCAUCAGCUGCCCCCAUGCUGCUGCAGUCCGGGCGGCAAUGAGAGACCAUUGCUCUCUGCCUUCUGAGAAGGAUCUUAUUUGGUCUGGGCCAGAGUGGCUGCUACAGAUUGCUCUCAACUAUUGCAUGGAGGCAUUGACUAGCUUCUUUCUGCUUCUCUGGCAUACUUGGACCAUACGGAAGAAAAUUAUACAUGAGGGGGCUUCAGCUUGUAUUGGGAGCUCUGUCAUCUUUUUGAAUCGUUACAUGCACUCACUAUUCACUAUCCGGCAACAGGGAGACCCUCUAGAUAACAAAGGCAAACACAGUCUGAUACCGACUGAGUAA